AUGGGAGCUGCAUCGGAGGAUACUGGCAUUGUGCCAGCAGCCGGAGCCUUGGGAACGGCCAAGACCCAGGGGCCCAGGCCCGGCAACACCAAGUUCCUGGGCCUCGGCUCCGGGCUCCAGCGGAAGUUCGGGGAGGUGACCAUGGCGCGCAACGACCCUGCGGGCACCGUGCCGGAACCCGAGAGCCGGCGCUUCAUGGCGGCGGUGCGCAGGGCCCGGGCGCCCGAGGCCAAACAGCGCAUGUCAGAGUUUGUAGGCACAUCAGAGGCCACAGGCGCCCCGCAGUUCCAGUAA